GGGAUGUUAGCGGGUGGGAGGCGCGGCCGCGUUGCUACAGCGAGAGCCGGGAGCUGGGCGGCGGCGGGCGCUGCCCGCGGAGUGUCCAGGAGCCUGCGGCGGCGGCGGCGGCGCGAUGGAGGCACCGGAAGAAAAUGGGAGUGCUCAAGUUGGAGAAUUAUUACCUUGCAAGAUUUGUGGACGGACAUUUUUUCCAGUGGCAUUAAAAAAACAUGGACCCAUUUGCCAGAAAACUGCCACUAAAAAACGGAAGACUUUUGAUUCGAGCAGACAGAGAGCUGAAGGAACUGAUAUUCCAACAGUAAAACCUCUAAAACCUAGGCCUGAACCUCCAAAGAAACCAUCUAAUUGGAGAAGAAAACAUGAAGAAUUCAUUGCCACCAUAAGAGCAGCCAAAGGCCUGGAUCAGGCCCUCAAAGAGGGGGGCAAGCUUCCUCCUCCUCCUCCACCUUCUUACGAUCCUGAUUAUAUUCAGUGUCCAUAUUGCCAGAGGAGAUUUAAUGAAAAUGCGGCUGAUAGACAUAUAAAUUUCUGUAAAGAACAGGCAGCACGUAUUAGUAAUAAAAGCAAAUAUUCCACUGAUGUCAAAGGCAAAGCAACUUCUCGGACACAGUAUAAGCCGCCUGCUCUCAAAAAGACAAAUUCUCCUGGGACCCUGUCAUCGGGAUCGUCACGAUUACCACAGCCAAGUGGCAGCAGCAAGACUGUUGUAGGUGUCUCUUCAGGUAAAGUGUCUUCAGUUAGCAGCUCACUGGGAAACAAACUUCAGACCUUAUCUCCCUCGCAUAAAGGGAUAGCAGCCCCUCAUGCAGGUAAAAUGGACAAGUUAGGCCCUCCACUUCGAACUGGAAGACAUGUGCAAAGGUUGUAUGACAGUGACACAAAAUCAGACAGUGCCAUCAAAAGACAUGAGUUAUUACCCAUUUACAACACUAACAUCAAACCUCGAAAUUCCACACCACCUAAUUUGGCACGAAAUCCUGCCUCAGGUGUCCUUACAAGCAAGAGAAAAACAUAUGGUGAGAGUUACAUAGCCAGGCCAGACGGCGACUGUGUGUCUUCGCUCAAUGGAGGAAACAUGAAAGGAUUUGAAGGAGGUUCAUCUGGACACUUACCCAAAUUCUGCCACGAGUGUGGGACUAAGUACCCUGUGGAAUGGGCCAAGUUUUGCUGUGAAUGUGGCAUUCGGAGAAUAGUUCUGUGAACCAAACACCAAACGAGAGCGCCAAGUCCAGAGUUUGAUGACUGUUACUGCUUCCAGCCAGAGCUCCUCCUCUAGUUAUUUUGUGCUAAAAUUGAUACUUUUCCAGCAAUUUUUGGAACAUAAUCUUGCUAUAUAAUGUGUGUGGUGUGUGUGUAUAUAUGUGUACAUAUACUGUAUAUAAUAAAUACCUAUUAUUCCAAACUGUGCCAGUCAAGAAAAUACUCAUCUGUUGGAAAAUAAUUUCAAGUGGAAUCAUUAACCUAGGUAGUAUUCCUUUUCUGUUGUUGUUAAAACACAUUAAGUAUAAUAUACAAAUCCUCAAACUAGUGCUUAACCCUUCAAGCGUUAGGAUGAUCAUUGGUGCCUAUUUUCAGACAGUAUCCAUGAUAGUUGGAUGGGAUGCUUGGAAUUUUGGAAUUGAGAAUAUUUUUAGUUGCAAUUAGUUAUGUGAGGUCAUUUUUGCAGUAGUGCUCAACAAUUUUAUAAAAUUAAAAAAAAAGACAUAAGUUCUGUGUUACCCUUUACUCAGUGUACUGAGUAAAUAUUUAAAUAUUUGUACUCAUGCUCUCAAAAUGUAAUUAUGCAAUUUCCUUUUUGAAGACACAAAGGUAAAAAUACAAAUCUUAUUCUAGUUAUAACUGAAAUUUUUACCUGUGUCUGCAUCUUCAAAUUUCAGUUCUUUCUUUUCCAUAACCUAAAGUCUAAUGAAUAGUUUCAUUAUAAUUUUUAUUAAUUAUUAUUAUGUUUAAUCCUCACCCAGUUUUCCAUUGAUUUUUUAAAAAGAGAGACUAAAAGGAGAGGGAAGAGACAGAGAGAAACACUGACGUAAGAGAGAUACUUCGUUGUUUGCCUUCUGCACAUCCCAACCAGGGCCAACAGCCUGCAUCUGAAGCAUGUGCCUUGACUGAAAUUGAAUCUGGGACCCUUCAGUCCGCAGGCCGAGGCUCUACCCACUUCAUCAAACUGGCUGGGAAUAUGGAAUAGUUUUAAUUUACUACUUCAUUUUUGCAAAGUUUGAAAAUGUAAUCAAAAGAUGCAAAAAUUUUCUUCAAAUUCUUUCAUGUUUAUUUCUGUGCAUCAGAAUGUAGAAGAAAUUACUUUAGUGGAUUUUAAAACAAACCACCUCACCAAAUAAGUAAUAAUUUUGGUAAUAAUUAUCAGUGGAGGGCAUGCAGGUAACAGAAUUUGAAUUUUGAAGUAUAGUUAGAUGUAGUUAUGAGGUUAAGAGAAUAUCUAAUUUUUCCUACUCACAUUUUCUUUUUAGUUUUUCAUGUUGAGACACCAUUCUCAUCACAAUAGAAAGCCUCUGAAAAUACAUUGCUUUAAUGCAUACCUGGCAUGUUAUUAAGCAUUCACAAAAAUUUAAUUAUACUUCUUUCCUUUGGCUAAAAUAUAUCAUAUAAUCAUUAUCACACUCAGUGUAGUAGCAUCGUAUGUAGUAGUAAAUCUCUUUGCUUGUGUAGCCAUCCAUAUUCAGUGAUUCAGUAGUAAUUUCUGUUGAAUUAAGCCUAACAACUGUAUUAUAAAUAUAUAAUCAAAUCUUUUAUAGGCAAUUCCUAGCUUCUUGUUUUGAUUCUGUUAAACUAUGAGGAUCAAUGUAGAAAUUCAUGCUUAUAAAUUCCACUGAAAUUUAUUUAUGCUUAUACCUUAUAAUUUUAUUCAUUAGUUCUUUUUAUUCAGGCAGGGAAUAUAAACUUAAUGUAAUGGGAAUUGUCAUUUUACUUACAUUACAGUUUCAAUCCUGAAUUUUCAUUAAUUUAUUUCUGGUUGUCUUUACUCAGUUAUGUUGGUCAAAAGUGUUUCAUGAAUCAUGAAACGUGUUACAACAAUACUUAAAUACAUUUUUAUAUUACUUGCAUAUAUAAUUCUCACAAUGAUUUGUCAUGCAUUAGUUUGGUUUUGAAGAAAUUUUCCUAGAUCUAUGCAUCAUUUAUUUAUUUUCACAAGCAUUUGCCAGUGGUGGAAUUUAAAAGAUUGUAAGCUUAAAUUAAAAUAGAAAAAAUUUCUUACACAUUAUUUUUGAAGUUAUUAGCCUGAAAAAAGUAAGAUGAUUAUAAUUGCUGUUGCCUCCUGUUCCUUCUAUGGGUUAUAUUUCAAAUAAGUUUUCAUUUUUGCACCUAUUCAAUAAAGACAUGAAGCAAAAAAAA